AUGAUCACAUCUAAAUUGCCAAAAGACGUUGUAGUUCAACUUAAAAUCCAAAAGAAGAGAGACGAAACGUGGACAGUAACUACAUUACUUGAGCAACUAGAGGGAUACAUCAACGCAAGAGAGUCAGCGGAGAGAAUAUUCAACCCACCAACUCUAACUACACCACUUAGUGGACCACAUAUUAAUUCUACUACAAGAGACAUACCUAGAAAUGGUGGCAGCAAUGCAUCAUUAAAUUACAACUUCCCACCCCCAAAGAAGCCCAUCUUUGCUUCAGAAACUCUACUACACGCACAGAAAGCCAGCUCAUCACCUAGUAGGCCACGUAAGGCAUGUGUUUACUGCAACAAAGAACAUUGGUCGGAUGAGUGUAAUGUUUACAAAACAGUAGAGGAGAGAAAAGCCAAAAUUAAGGGGAGAUGUUACAACUGUCUUAGCAACAAACACAUGUUACGCGAAUGUCAAAUGGAGAAAGCCUGCUACUACUGUAAGAAGAAAAAGAAUCAUCACAGAAGCCUAUGUCCUACAACAUUUUCAUCAAAAGGACACAAAGAAGUUAUCGCAAUAGCAUCAGAAGACACUCAUUUUACUACAAACAGUGAUGCGCAAGCACCUGUCAACACUGAAUGUGCUACACUAGCACCUGAGAACUCUGUAGUCAUGCAAACCGCUACAGCAACUGUCACAAAUCCAUGUGAAGAAAGUACACAAGAAACUGCACAAAUACUCUUAGACUCUGGAAGCUAUAGGUCAUAUAUAACUACAGACCUCGCAAUGAAAUUAAAGCUACAACUAGGAAAGAUAGAAAAGAUAAGGCUUGUCACUUUCGGACAAACACAGAGUCAAGUUAUCAACACACCAACUACUAAUUUAGACUUGCCACUUAAAGAUGGAACAACACUUCAUUUAACUGUAAACGUAGUACCAAAGAUCACUGGAGAAGUACAUAGACACCCAAUUGGCUCACAAGCACUCAACAGCCAUUUACUGAAGAAUAUAGAACUUGCAGAUAAGCUACCACUUGAAAGACAAACAUCAAACAUUGAUUUACUGAUCGGAAAUGACUAUUAUUUAGACAUAAUAGAACCAAUGAGAGUUCAACUWCAGCCAGGCUUAUACUUACUUGCAUCAGGACUUGGAUGGAUUCUAACAGGAAGGACUUCGUCGGAGAGCUCAACUACAAGUAACUCAAAGCAAACAGCACUACUUGUUCUACCCUCAUUUGGACAAGAUAAGUUGAUGAACAAUGAACUGUAUGAUACUGAUGAUAGUUCACUACCUAUAAAACCACGAAUUGAAGAAUUUUGGAACCUCGAAACUAUCGGAAUAAAAGACUCGCCCACUGUAACUGACGAUGAAAUUGCAAUCGAUAACUUCAACGAUACCAUCAAAUAUGAGGAUCAACGUUACUAUGUCACUUGGCCGUGGAAAGAGAAUGCUUCAACUUUACCUGAUAACUAUGGUCUGUCCUUAGGAAGGCUUAAAACAUUGACACGAAAACUGAAACAGCAUCCAGAUUUACUGAAACAAUAUGAUUCCAUCAUCAAAGAACAACUUGACAAAGGAGUAAUUGAAAAAGCGCCUCCUGACUGCAACAAAGAAACACAGCAACAUUAUAUCCCACACCAMCCUAUUAUAACGCCAACGAAAACUACAACAAAGGUCAGAAUUGUCUAUGAUGCGUCUGCAAAAACUAACGACAAAAACACUAGCUUGAAUGAAUGUCUUUAUCGAGGUCCAGUUUUACUCGAAAACUUAACUGGACUUCUGAUUAGACUACGUUGCAAGAAGAUAGGAAUUGUCAGCGACAUUGAAAAAGCUUUUCUACAAGUAGGAUUGCAAGAAGACGACAGAGAUGUAACAAGAUUUCUUUGGCUGUCAGAUUUAAAUAAACUUGAUAACAUUAACGAAAACAUUCAAGUCUAUCGAUUUACAAGACUUCCGUUCGGAGUUAUUUCUAGCCCAUUUCUACUUGCAAGCACUAUUGCAUUUCAUUUAAACAGYCACAUGUCAGACACUGCAAAGAAGAUCAGAGAGGAUCUGUAUGUUGACAAUGUUAUCAGCGGAACAGACACACUUCAAGAAGCUAAAGAAUUCUAUGAUGAAAGUAAAAUGAUUUUCAACGAAGCAUCCAUGAAUCUGCGAGAAUUCGCAUCAAACUCAGAAGAAUUCAAUUCUUACGUCAAAGAAGAAGACAAAAUGAAAGGAAACACUACAACAAUUAAAGUUCUAGGAAUGAUGUGGAACUUAAAGAAGGACACUAUUGGAACUUGUCACGUGACUAACUCAGCACCUACUGCAAAGAGAGGAAUUCUACAAACAGUUUCAUCUGUUUAUGAUCCAUUAGGACUUUUUACACCAAUAACUUUGACUUCAAAGCUCCUUGUACAGGAAUUAUGGUGUAAAGGAAUCAAAUGGGAUCAAGAGCUAACACUGACGCAUCGAAGAAGGCCUACGCAGCAGCUGUAUACUUACUUGUCACCACUGACACAACAUGUGAAGUAA